AUGUCUGCGCCAGGAGGCGCUCCCAGCCCUGCGCCACGAGGUGGUAGCAUGGGACCUGGCCCAAAUGGCGGGAAUAUGACCAUGUCGUCGCAACCAAUGUCAGGAACGCCUGUUCAUUCAGCACCUCCUCCUGGCCCUCCGCCACCGCAGAGUGGUGCGAUGUCACAGCAGAAUUUGAAUCAAAUUAGAAAAAGACGCAAGUACCAGGAUCAGAGUGACAGUGAUGAAGAGUAUCUUCCUCCGAAGCGGCGUGUAUCUAAGCCACCACGUCCCAAGCGUCGAGUUGAGGAUCUGGACAGCUGGAGUCCAGGUGAGAGUAACGCGCAGUCCCCAAGCGCUCAUAGCUCUCCCGCAAUCAACACGGGACGUCUGAGAGAGUCACCUCCAAAGGAAGUUGUUCGAUUCCAGAAACAUGCUCUCCCGUCAACCAAGACGUUUUUGCGAUUUCCCAUGCGAACCAGACCAUCUGAACCCAUUGAAACCCCUGUAUCUAAGUCAAGUCUCGAUGAGCGCUCGCCUCGGAUCAAGCUCGUGCUGUCUGGGAAAUCGACCAGCCAGCGAUGUGACGAAGCUCCCCGGAAUACCAGCAAGACUGCGAAGCUGCAGGUGACCACGAGCGCUCUUCGGACUGCGAGCAAUGUCCCCUCAUCUGUGCCUUCCCCGUCUCCAAAUCCGGCUGUCCAGCCGGCAGUGCCUCUUGAAUCACUACUGGAGCAGCUUCCCUCUGGAUCCAAGGCCGUUAUAGAUUAUUUAGCAAAGAAGGGCUACAGCCGAACUGAAGCCAUGCUUCGGAUGGAGUCUGCCAACCAAGAAAUUGAUGGCCGACCCCUUCCGCCUUUAGGAGAAGAUGCUCGGCCCAAGUUCAGGAAAGGAUUUGAGUUACUUAAGGCGUGGGUUGAGGAGAAUUUGGAUCUUUACAAGCCUGAGCUUCGUCGCGUGCUAUGGCCACUCUUUGUGUAUUCAUUCCUCAACAUGAUUACCGCUUUCUAUCCUCAAGACGCCAAGCAAUUUUUCGAUGCCAACAAGAAUAUGUUCCUUCCAGAGCACACCGACGACGUUCGCAAACUCGAGCCUAUCAGUCUGCCGGAACAUGUUCAGGCAAACGAUACCGCAAAGCUUUAUCGCACAAACAAGUACCGCAUUGUUCUCAGCAACCCUGCAUAUACCAAUCUCUUGCAAUUUUUGGAAAGCAAAGAAAAAGAGGGAGGCUCGGUGAUGAACGCGAUCCUGAGCAGCUAUUGUACCGUCAAGACUAUGGACCGUGCCUCCGACGACCGCUUCAGCUUCGCUGCCAUGCUAGGUCAGGUUGGAGCGGGUCAAUUCCCAUCUGAAGACGAAGGUAUUCCGGGUCACCACCCCGGUUCGGCAUACACAGGAGACAAUCCCGCCAUGGCUGGAACACUACCGAGACUGAGACUUGGAAAAUUGCCGAUGGAACAGGAACUGGAGGAUGAUGUGCGGGCUGAGUUGGCCGACCAGGACGCGAAGGAACCGCCGGCUGCGGGUCGUAACACCCUUGUACAGGAGUUCGAACAGAUGAUCAAGAAGGAGGAGGACGAGGAGGCGCCAACUCGUGCCGACAUUCCCUUCCCUCCAUCAACCGCUCGUGAUGUUGCCAUUGAGUGCAUGAAGGUUCGAGAAAACAGAGACCGUUUCAAGAUUGAAGGCCGUACUGGUGGCGUGGGACCAGGGGUGAGCGUUUGCAUGUUUACCUUCCACAACACCUUCGACAGUAUUAACUGCAUGGACUUUUCCGAUGACAACAUGCUCGUUGCCGCUGGCUUCGCUCAGUCAUACAUUCGAGUUUGGAGUCUCGAUGGGAAGAAUAUUGAAGCAGCCUAUCCCGAUCUGGAUGAUCUCCCUCCAGCCAACUCACGGCGUUUGAUCGGUCAUGCUGGACCAGUAUAUGCAGUUGCCUUCCCUCCUUGUGCAACCAAGGCCGACACUAAUCCGGGCGAUGAAUACGUUCCCACUAACGCCCGCUUCCUUCUUUCCUCUUCUGCGGACAAGACAAUUCGCUUGUGGUCCCUCGACACGUGGCAAUGUCUUGUCGUCUACAAAGGCCAUGACCGUCCCGUUUGGGAUCUGCGAUGGGGCCCAUUCGGCCAUUACUUUGUUUCCGGUGGAUCAGACCGUACAGCUCGGCUUUGGCUAACGGAUCACAUCCGCCAGCAGCGUAUCUUCGUCGGUCAUGAUCAGGACGUGGAUUGUGUCUGCUUCCAUCCAAAUUCUGCCUACGUAUUUACGGCCAGCUCCGACAAGACUGUCCGCAUGUGGGCUAUCACUACCGGAAAUGCCGUCCGUAUGUUCACCGGCCAUACCGGCAAUGUGACUGCCAUGGAAUGCAGUCGCGAUGGAAAGCUUCUGGCAUCAGCCGAUGACGCUGGCUCCAUCUUCCUUUGGGAUCUUGCCCCCGCUGGAGCGUUGAAUCUACAGUGCUUGUUUCCGGAGGUGCCGAUGGUCGAUGUACUCCGUAUCUGGGAUGUGGUCGGCUCCCAAGACUCUGCAAACCAGGGACGUGUGAUUGGUGAAGGCGGCGCUGGUGCCAAGCUUGAUGCCAGCAAUGCCCCGGCGAGUGCUGCUGCCGCCAGCAAGAAAAAAAAGAAGGGCAAGGAUGUUGUCGUCACACCCGAUCAGAUCAGCGCAUUCCCGACGAAGAAGAGUCCCGUCUACAAAGUUAAAUUCACAAACAUGAAUUUGGUCAUCGCGGGAGGUGCUUAUCUCCCCUAG